GCCAAGCAGCAAGUAAGCCAGCAAGCAACCAACCAACGAGCCUCCAAGUCAAACAAUUUGGAUUCAGUCUUCGUCGAGCUUUCCAAAUGGUUACAACCGAAAAAAUACACAAAAUAAUUUCAGCAUUUAAUGCGCAUUAAAACGUGUCUCCUCUGUAAUGUGUUUACAAGAAUUUGCAGUGCAUAUUCGCUAAUGGCAAAUGAAAUUGAAGAAAAUUAAUUUAAACAAAAUAAAAAAUUAACAAAAAUUGCUUGUGAAAAACUCUGCUUGAUUUAAAAGAAUUCUCAAACUGUGUGUGUGCUAUUGGCCGAGCUGUAUAGCUUGCAAGUGCAGUGAAUUACAAAAAACGGGAGGGUUAAUCAUAAUUCUGUUCCGAAAAAUUUUAUGGUAGUCUGUGGAUUUGAUAAGCCAGCUGAAGAUAUUAACCAAAAGCGAGUAAUUUGAAAGUAAGAAAAAAAUAAAUAAAAGAAAAUAAAAACUACUUAAAACUGCACAUAUAUAAACACUAACAAAAUAUUACAAAAACCAACAUACAUAUAUCAGCAAAAAUAUAUAAAUAAAAAAAUAAUUUAAAUUAUUUACAAGAAUCGCUGCGAAUAAAAGCAAAGCUAAACAAAAAAAAAAAAAAUAAAAAAAAAUUAUUACAAAAAAUGCAAAGAAACUAGAAACACAAAGAAAAGAAAAAUAAAAAAUUAUUAAAAACACAAAAGCUCCGUAUCUAAGCUUGCAAAAGCUCAAAAAUAUUAUAAAAAAAAUUAUAAUCAAAUAAAAAUUUAUUUGCAAUUAUUGCAACAACGAAAAGUUAAAAAAAAAAUUCUACCAAAGCUACACUUUCAGAAACUCUUGCAAUUUAAAUAUUUAAAAAAUAAUAAAAACAUUUGCGCCGCUACAACAACAAAAAAGUGCUAAAACAGAAUUUGCAUCUCGCACACGCUUUACCACUUUCCAUUUAUAAACGAAGUGUGGCGACGAGAGCACAUACAUACAAACAUACAUUAAAACAAACAACAAUAACAAUAAAUAAAACUAGAACAACAGCAAGAAGCAGAAGAGAAAGAGUGCGAAGUACAACAGCUGCAUAGACGAAGCGGAGUCAUUUGCCGCACUUGAAGUUGCAGCAAGUUGAAGCAACGAAAACAGCAACAAGAACAACAAAUAAAUUUAGUGCAAAAAAGAAAAAAGAAGCGAUUUGCGCUCAUCUCUUAGCGAACGAAGUCAAAACUUUGCGGUAAAUUUCGCCGCCACACAGUUACAGUUAGUCAUCGGCGGCGUUUGCCAACACACUCCAGUGACGCGAAGGCAGCGAAAAAAAUUCGAUAAAUAAAUAGAAUUUGCGGAAAAGUGCAAAACGUGAAGUAGCCGGCAAAAUUUGUGGAAAAAAUUCAAAACGAUUAAAAAAAAAAAUUAAAUUAAAAAUAAUUUUUAAAGCAAUUCUGUGAAUGUGAUUUUUUUUAGCGCAUCCUGGAACCCAAGCCAAGACACAUACCAUUUAACCUAAAACCUUAACAAAAAGAAAUAAGAACUGAAAAAUUCAAGAAAGAAAAGACUGAUAUUGUUUUGAGACUUCCAAGAAGUUUUCAACUCAAACCGUGAAAGGCGUAGAAUAUUGUAAAGUUUUCAAAACUGCACAAUUCGGUGUUAAGCAUAUAGUGAAGGUUCCUGUUAAGUAGUAGAUUUGAGAAAAAGUGUAAAAAAGCUUCAAACUCUCACAUAAAAUAAGCCAAAAACGCUAACGAAAGCGAGUGCAGAAUUCGAAAACCGGUUUUUAAAAUAAAUCUAAAAAAAAAAACAAACUUACACAAUUUAAGUCAGCUGAGUGCAAAGAGUUAGAAACCCCAACUCAAAAACUGCAAAAACGAACAUUUUCGAACUCGAAAACCCAUAACUCCGCUUGAAAACCCAAAGAAAACAAAAACUACUUACGCCCGCACCAAAAGCGCACCGCAACCCAAUAUGGCUAACGGUAACGGCAACAACGCAAGCGUCACCGCUUCUAAUGGCGAGGGUAACGGUUUAGCCACUAAUGGUGGCACGGCAACAACAACAACCAAUGGCACAGGCACCACAAUUGCAGAACAUUUGAAUGGCGGCGCUAACGGUGCUAACGCCAGUGGCGCUGUAGAGCAUACCAAUGCAACAGGCAUGGCUGAUUCGACUGAGAUUGGCGGCGGCGACGGCAGCAUGGUAGCCGGUGGUGAGCCAAUGGAUGGUGUGAGUGGCGGUGGUGGUGUUGCUGGCUUGGGCGGUGCCGCUUCCACCUCAUCAAUGGGCGGCGAUGAUGCUGGCACUGAUGCUGGCGCUAGCUCAUUGCCACCGUCCGAAGAGGCGGGCGGUCGUCCACCACUCGACACCGCUUGCUCUGAUGGCGGUGGCGGUCCAUCGAGUUUGGGUGGUGGCAUGGUUGGGCCACCUAGCCCGCUAACCGGUUGUUAUUUACUGAUCAUUCUGGGUGAGCCACAUUCGGAGGAGCAUAAGGAUAAUAUUCUGCAGCAUUUGUUGAAGGGUUUCCUCUCGUGGGAUGUCGGUGAUUGUCACGUUGACUUGGAGGAGGAAUUGAAUACGAUAACGCAGAAUCCGCCAGAGGGAGAGGAAGCUCGUCACGGCGAACGACUCAUUCAGUAUGCUAGCGAGAAUCUAGUCACUGAAGUACUCAUACACCCUCAGUACAAUACACUCAUACAAUGUAUGCGUAAUCUACUGAGUAGUUUUACACGACAUCGUCACAUUAUACACGCUGGCUAUACGUUCUCUGGCAAUGGUUCCUGGAUAUUACAGGAUGGAACCUUUUCCGUCUCCGACUUCUCGGAGGCAUUCCAAGAACACGAUGUACAGCGUGUCAUACGCGCCUACGCCGACACGAUUACAAUGAAUAUACAUUGUGCCGAUGCCGGGCACUGGCACAGCUUGCCGCAUAAAAGUUUUGCACGCCUCUGUAAGAUACGCAUUAAUCCCGUUGACGUGUUGGACACCAGCAGUGAGGGUAUUAAUGCUUUUAUUGACUAUCUCGCACCAAUGCUCGUACCCACAUCACUACGCGAACUGCUUGAGACUUCGGAGGUAGUGGGUAAUAUACGCUUCACACAUCCCACACUGUAUGUCUUCCCCGGUGGACAGGGUGAUGCUGCACUUUUCGGCAUCAACGGCUUCAAUAUGUUGGUCGAUGGCGGUUUUAAUCGCAAGGCUUGCUUCUGGGAUUUUGUACGACACCUAGACCGCUUGGAUGCCGUGCUUAUGACACGUAUCAAUAACAGUAACAUACAGGGUAUCAGCUCGGUGGUGUCACGCAAGCGCGACGCUCAUGUCUAUCCACAAAUUGGCCACUUCUUUGGCAAUGUGCCCGAUCGCAAGGGUGGACUGCCUAGCCCCGAUGGUGAUAAGGAUCGUGAUCCAUUGUUGGUGGAUCUCUUCGAGCACGGUCAUAAUUUGGUCAGCGACCUUAAAUCGUUGGACUUGAAACCACAAAGCUGCUAUCGCAAUCAAGAACCCAUCAAUCUUUAUCACAAAGUCGGUCAUGGUACAUUGGAUAUGUAUGUUAUCAGCCCUGCACGUGACUCGAAGGAAGUAAAAGAGUUCCUGUCUAAAUGGCAUAGUGGCGAUCAACGUCUCUUUGGCGCACGCGAUACACGCGAAUUCAAUUUCCCACUCCAAAACUUGGUCUCCAUCUGUGCACUCUUGGUGUGGCAACCCGCAAAUCCAGAUGACACCAUUACACGUAUACUCUUCCCCGGUAGCACACCCGACUUUAAGGUGCAGGAGGGCUUGGAAAAACUCAAGCAUCUCGAGUUCAUGAAACACUCCACCUGCACUGCCAAAUCAAUUGCGCCAACCAUACAGACAGUGGUGACCACACGUAAGACCUUUAAGUCUGCUAUUGGCGCACCCAUUGAACCGCUAAGUGUACCGUCCAAAGGCAAGUUCACAGCUGCCGCUGCUGUGCAACAAGAUAAUAAAAUCAAGGAGGCCGCUGCAGUCGCUGCGGCACAGGUAAUCGAAGAGACCAAGGCGGAGGCUGAAGAGAAAAUCGCACUGCAGAAAAAAGAAGAUUCCAUUGACACAGAUGAGCCGGCUGCCGAGACCGGCGACGAGGCUAUGCCCGAACCAACUACCGAAGUCGAAAGUAAAGAUGAAGACAAACCAGAUUUGGGCGAAGUGGCUGAUGAUGACAACAAAAUCAAAGAAGCCGAAACUGAGAAAAAGGUUGAAGUCGUCAUCGUUAAGCCACAGCCACAAGCGGUGCCACAGAAAGAGGACACACCCACGCCCGAAGUCAUCAAGCCUAGCAAACCUUCCAAAGGCAAAGCUGACAAGCCACGCGCCGAAGUUAAGCCUGUGGUGCGUUCUCGCAUCGACACAAAACCGCCCAAGUCAAUGGAACGUAAAGGCAUACGCAAGGAUUUGGCUGCAGACAAGAAAGCUUCACCCACAGCGACACCACGCAAGGAGGCAGUAGCACCCAAGCCUACCGCACCACGUGAUGUUAAGCCCCGCGUGGUCACACGUGCCACCAGAGCUAGUCCCAGCAGCACACCAGCUAAGAGCGCCAAAGAUGCCAAUAACCGCAAGGUACUCGAAUCAAAACAACAGGCAACACGCCAAGUCAGCACAUCUUCCACAGCAGCAACCACACGUCGUGAGACGACGCGCUCUACUGCCACCGAGCGCAAAGAAUCUCGCCAACAGCAACAACAACAGGUGCAACAGCGAAAACCUAUUUCACGUCGUCCACGUGGCGCUUCGCCAACCAAACGCGCGCCCGGUAGUCCCAUCAAGUCGGCUAAACCCAAAGCAGACUUGAAGAAGUCACGCUUAGAUAAAGGUGGCACCACAGACUCCAGCUUGGUAUCAACACCAUCCGCUGAUGAGGCAACAGCAGCGAAGAAGUUACAAGACUUAACCGCUUCACAGGAACUGGAUGCCGAGAAACAACGCGAGCUAGACGAUCUCAAGGAGGAGCAAGAGGUUGUGCGUGAAAUCGAAGCCGUAUUCAGCCGUGACGAGAUGAAGCGACAAAAGCAGUUGGCUGCAGAAAUUCGUGAGAUCUCCAAGCAAGAUAGCACAACUGAGGCUGAAGAAGAGGAGGAAUAUUUGAUUAUUGAAAAGGAAGAGAUCGAUCAGUACACCGAAGACUCGAUUGUGGAGCAAGAAAGCAGCAUGACGAAGGAGGAGGAGAUUCAGAAGCAUCAACGUGAUUCCCAAGAGUCCGAGAAGAAGCGUAAAAAGAGCGCCGAAGAAGAGAUCGAAGCUGCUAUUGCCAAAGUCGAGGCUGAGGAACGUAAGGCACGUCUCGAUGAGACAGCCGCCGACGAAGACGAACCUGAAGUAGCUGAGGCAGCGGAAGAGGCAGAAGAAGUGGAAGCCACUGAGCCCGAACAUAAAAUAAGCACACCAGAGAAGUCAGAUAUUAAAGCAGAAGUACAAGAAAUCAUUACCACAGCCAAGGAUAUAGUUACGAUACGCGCCGAGGAGCAGGUAAUUAAAACGGAAGACGAACUGUCCUCACCCACGCCUGAGGAGAAAAUAAGCAGUGCUAAGAAAACUUCCGAUACCAAAGAUGAACUUGUCGAGCCACCCGAAGUAUUGCCAGCCAACUUGCAAGAGAGCCUGCCAGAGGAGAAAUUCUCUGCAACCAUCGAAUCUGGUGCUACAACAGCGCCAACACUACCCGAAGACGAGCGCAUACCAUUGGACGAAAUCAAAGAAGAUUUGGUAAUCGAAGAAAAGUAUGUUAAAGAAGAAACCAAAGAAACCGAGCAAGCAGCUGGUUAUCAGAUAACUAUCGCUAAACCAAUUGAACCCUCGGCCGCUGCAGCCGGUAUUGUCAUUGAAAAAGUCGCUGAGCCUGUUAUUGUAGGUUUAGCCACAGCUGAACGCGUGCUUCCUAUGAAAAUGACUUUCGAAGCUCAACAGAACUUGUUGCGCGAUGUUGUCAAAACUCCAGAUGAGGUUGCAGACCUACCGGUACAUGAAGAAGCUGAUUUGGGUGUCUACGAAAAGGAUACACAGGAGAGUGGUAAAAUCAUAUCGCAUAAAGAAGAGAUUACAAAGGAAGAGAAGGAAACCGAAGAAAAGGAUAUAUGCGAGGAUAAGGAAGCGGAUGCUGAAGAGGAUGUCGAUGAAGAGGGGCAAGAGAAGAUAGUGGAAGCCAAAAAAGAAAAACCCAUUUCGCCAGUUGCUGACAAACCUACGAUAGCAACCGAAAAGGUGCUGUCACCUACAGAGAAACCCGAUGUACCCAAAGAAGAAGCACAAUCUCCUACUGAGAAGCCAACAUCUCCAACAGAAAAAGCUCCAUCGCCCAUAAAAGAAGUUGUCAUUCGUGACGAAAAGACCUCUCCAGACGAAAAAGAAGCUGCGUCAGCGGAGGUUGUACAAUCUUCUAUCGAAGUGGCUGAAAAACCAAAAUCACCAACUGAAAAGGAGAUGACGUCAGCUGUGGAACCGAUCUUGACUGCAGAUACAGAAAUAUCUCCUGCAGAAGAAAAAGCUGUUUCUCCCGAACAAAAACUGGUUACGCCAGCUGAGAAAGGAGCUCCUGCUGCUGAAAAAAUACCCUUGCCCGCAUCUCCAGUGGAAAAGGAAACACCAACUACGGAAAAACCAACUUCCCCAAAAGACGAAGAAGCCCCUGCAAGCGAAAAAGUACCUUCCCCUGGAGACAAGCCAGCUUCACCAAUAGAAAAGGAACCAGUUAAAGAGGAUAAAAUCUCUGCUGAAAAAGUUCUUCCCGUUGCUACAGCACUUACCCAAGAAAAAGAGGAAGAUGAUCAACAGCCUCCUUCGCCCGGGGAAAAAGCAGCUGUUCCGGUCGAGGAUAAACCAAGUUCCCCAAUAGAGAAGGUUUCUUCUGAAAUAGAAGUGCCUUCUGCUGAGAAAGAUAGCGCACCAAUUGAAAAAGUCCUCUUACCAGCAGAAAGAGCAGCUUCUCCCACAGAUAAGCCAGCUUCACCUACUGAACCAACGAAAGAGACAACGCAUAUUGAGAAAAAAGAUAUUGUUGAUCAGAAAACACCAACACCCGCAGACAUACCAGCAUCUCCGGCUAAAGAAGUAUCAUCGCCAGAGAUAGCACAAGUUGAGAGUCUGGAAAAAGAUCAAUCACCUUUGGAGAAAAAAGUCAUCUCAGCUCUGGCUGCUGAAAAAUUAUCAUCUCCGAUGGAAGAAUCAACUCUAGCUGCGAAAGCACCAGCAGCUGUCGAGGUACCUGUUGAGAAGCCCUCUUCCGAUGAAAAACUUUCAUCGCCAGUAGAAAAAAUAUCAUUACACGUUGAAAAGGAGCCUGCUAUGGAGGAAUCCAAAAAGUCCUUAAGCACACCAGAAGAAAGGGAUGGCAGUGAAGUGACAUCAGAAGAUGAGCUACCCGCUCAUGUGCUUUCAGCGAUUGACGUGGCCAAACCAAAAGAUCGGGAAGAAACAGUUUCCAUUGAAAGCCCAGCCACAAUCGAAGAAGCCAUCGAAGUUGAAAUGCAAAAGUCAUUACAAGCUAGUCGAAAGACAUCUAAGGACGUGGAAUUUAAGUCCAUAUCACGCAAAACGUCAGUCUCAUUAGAUGAAGAAAUGAAGAAAGUCGAUGAGAAAUCUGCUGCAGCAUCAAAGGAUGUUUCCCGUAGAGAAUCUUUAGUGAGCACAAAGGACGAAACAGAUAAAGCUUCUGCAAAAGAAGAUAAAUCUCCACUUCAAUCAACUGAGAUUUCCAGGCGUGAGUCUACUGCAGAAAGCGUGAAAGACGAAAAGACUGCAUCAGCUCCAAAAGAUGUCUCGCGACCAGCUUCUGUCGCUGCUAGCGAAGCUGAUAAGUUGGAAGCGGAAACUGUCUCCUCGCCAGUAGACAAGGCACCAACUCAUAUUGAUCCAUCUGAAUUGACCUUAGAUUUGCAAGCCACAAAACAUGUUGCCAAACUUCCUACAUCCUCAAGUCCUGUUGAUGUUGCUGAAGGUGAUUUCCCAGAAGCUGAAAAAACAUUCGGAGAAACCCAAAAGGUUUCCGUUGAAGAUACAGCCAUUAAAGAAACCGUGUCAAGUCCGGUAGAUGAAGGCAAAGAUUUAAUUAUUGAGAGUACAGUAUCCGUGUCGCGGCCAGAAAGUCCUGAAGGUGUAAAAUCUCAAGCCAUUUCAAAACAAUCAUCACGACGGACGUCUGAAAAGGAGGACGACACAACCGUUAAGAAGGUUAAAGAUGAAACUUCCUCAAUUACUUCAAAGCCGGAGACUGCUGCGGACAGCGGGGAUGCAGAUGAAAAAUCUCCAUUCGCCUCGAAAGAGAUAUCACCGAUGGCAUCUAAACCAGAGUCGACGGCUGUAAGUAUAAAAGACGAGAAGUCAGAGGCACCUUCAAAAGAAGCUUCAAAACCUGAGUCUGUAGCUGAAAGCUUAAAAGAUGAAAAGUCACCUGCAGUGUCGGUGGAAGUUUCCAGACCUGAAUCCGCCGCGGAGAGUUUUAAGGAUGAAAAAUCUGCCAUUGCUUCAAAGGAAACCUCUCGUCCUGUCUCAGCAGCAGAGAGCAUACACGAAGAAGGAGAAACUGUAUCAUCUCCUGUGGACAAAGCUCCAGCUAAGAUUGACCUUUCCACUCUGAUACUUGAUUUAGAAAAAGUAACGUCCGAAACCAAGCUUCCAACCUCUUCAAGUCCAGUGGAUGUAGCCGAGGGUGCUUUUGCUGAAAUUACAGAAUCAAAUGUAGAAACUAAAAAAGUAUCAGCAGAACAAACAACUGUUGGCAGUUCAGCAACAGUUUCUACACCAGUCGAUGAGGCAAAAGAACUCACCGAUUUAACCGCUACAGAGGCGCCGCGCCCCGAAAGUCCAGAAAGUGCACAAUCACCGACAGUAUCAAAACCUGCAUCAGCUGAGGAAAGCGUCAGAGAAGAUAAGUCGCCAACUCCUUCUCUAGCGACUUCACGCAAACACUCUGUGGCAGAAAGUGUGAAAGACGAAAAAUCAUACAAUGCAUCAAAACCUGAGUCAGUCGCGAAAGGUGUAAAGGACGAAAAAUCACCAGAUCCUUCUCAGGCAGCAUCACAACCAGAGUCCGUUGCAGAAAGUACAAAGGAUGAAAAGUCCGUGGCCGCUGAGAGCCUAAAAGAUGAAAAAUCAUCAGCUCCUUCUCUGGCAGCAUCACGCAAAGAGUCUGUGGCAGAAAGUGUCAAGGACGAAAAGUCGCAAAUUGCAUCUCAGCCUGAGUCAGUCGCCGAAAGUUUGAAAGACGAAAAAUCCGUAGCUCCUUCUCAGGAACCUUCACGACCAGAGUCCGUAGCAGAAAGUGUAAAGGAUGAAAAGCCCGUUGCCGCUGAGAGCAUUCAAGACGAAAAAUCACCAGCUCCUUCUCUGGCAGCAUCACGACCAGAGUCCGUAGCAGAAAGUGUAAAGGAUGAAAAGUCAGUGGCCGCUCAGAUUGUAAAAGACGAAAAAUCACCAGCUCCUUCUCCGGCAUCAUCACGCAAAGAGUCUGUGGCAGAAAGUGUCAAGGACGAAAAGUCGCCAGUUGCAUCCAAGCCUGAGUCAGCCGCCGAAAGUGUGAAAGACGAAAAAUCCGCAGCUCCUUCUCAGGAACCUUCACGACCAGAGUCCGUUGCAGAAAGUGUAAAGGAUGAAAAGUCCGUGGCCGCUGAGAGCGUAAAAGACGAAAAAUCACCAGCUCCUUCUCUGGCAGCAUCACGCAAAGAGUCUGUGGCAGAAAGUGUCAAGGACGAAAAGUCGCCAGCUGCAUCCAAGCCUGAGUCAGCCGCCGAAAGUGUGAAAGACGAAAAGUCGCCAGUUGCAUCCAAGCCAGAGUCAGCUGCCGAAAGUGUCAAAGACGAAAAGUCGCCAGUUGCAUCUAAGCCUGAGUCAGCCGCCGAAAGCGUGAAAGACGAAAAAUCCGCAGCUCCUUCUCAGGAAGCUUCACGACCAGAGUCCGUAGCAGAAAGUACAAAGGAUGAAAAGUCCGUGGUCGCUGAGAGCGUAAAAGAUGAAAAAUCACCAGCUCCUUCUCUUGCAGCAUCACGCAAAGAGUCUCUGGCAGAAAGUGUCAAGGAUGAAAAGUCGCCAGUUGCAUCCAAGCCUGAGUCAGUCGCCGAAAGUGUGAAAGACGAAAAAUCCGCAGCUCCUUCUCAAGAACCUUCACGACCAGAGUCCGUAGCAGAAAGUGUAAAGGAUAAAAAGCCCGUGGUCGCUGAGAGCGUAAAAGACGAAAAAUCACCAGCUCCUUCUCUGGCAGCAUCACGCAAAGAGUCUGUGGCAGAAAGUGUCAUGGACGAAAAGUCGGCAGUUGCAUCUAAGCCUGAGUCAGCCGCCGAAAGUGUGAAAGACGAAAAGUCCGCUGCUCCUUCUCAGGAACCUUCACGACCAGAGUCCGUAGCAGAAAGUGUAAAGGAUGAGAAUACCGUGGCCGCUGAGAGCGUAAAAGACGAAAAAUCACCAGCUCCUUCUCAGGCAGAAUCACGCAAAGAGUCUGUGGCAGAAAGUGUCAAGGACGAAAAGUCGCCAGUUGCAUCCAAGCCUGAGUCAGCCGCCGAAAGCGUGAAAGACGAAAAAUCUGCAGCUCCUUCUCAGGAACCUUCACGACCAGAAUCCGUUGCAGAAAGUGUAAAGGAUGAAAAGUCCGUGGCCGCUGAGAGCGUAAAAGACGAAAAAUCGCCAGCUCUUUCUCUGGCAGCAUCACGCAAAGAGUCUGUGGCAGAAAGUGUCAAGGACGAAAAGUCGCCACUUGCAUCCAAGCCUGAGUCAGCCGACGAAAGUGUGAAAGACGAAAAAUCCGCAGCUCCUUCUCAGGAACCUUCACGACCAGAGUCCGUAGCAGAAAGUGUAAAGGAUGAAAAGUCCGUGGCCGCUGAGAGCGUAAAAGACGAAAAAUCGCCAGCACUUUCUCUGGUAUCAUCACGGAAAGAGUCUGUGGCAGAAAGUGUCAAGGACGAAAAGUCGCCAAUUGCAUCCAAGCCUGAGUCAGCCGCCGAAAGUGUGAAAGACGAAAAAUCCGCUGCUCCUUCUGAGGAAGUUUCACGACCAGAGUCCGUUGCCGAAAGUACAAAGGAUGAAAAGGUCGCGGCCGCUGAAAGCGUAAAAGACGAAAAAUCACCAGCUCCUUCUCUGGCGGCAUCACGCAGAGAGUCUGUGGCAGAAAGUGUCAAGGACGAAAAGUCGCCUGUUGCAUCCAAGCCUGAGUCAGCCACCGAAAGUGUGAAAGACGAAAUGUCGCCAGUUGCAGCCAAGCCUGAGUCAGCCGCCGAAAGUGUCAAAGACGAAAAGUCGCCAGUUGCAUCCAAGCCUGAGUCAGCCGCCGAAAGUGCCAAAGACGAAAAAUCCGCAGCUCAUUCACAGGAAGCUUCACGACCAGAGUCCGUAGCAGAAAGUGUAAAGGAUGAAAAGUCCGUGGUCGCUGAGAGCGUAAAAGACGAAAAAUCACCAUCUCCUUCUCUGGCAGCAUCACGCAAAGAGUCUGUGGCAGAAAGUGUCAAGGACGAAAAGUCGCCACUUGCAUCUAAGCCUGAGUCAGCCGACGAAAGUGUGAAAGACGAAAAAUCCGCAGCUCCUUCUAAGGAACCUUCACGACCAGAGUCCGUAGCAGAAAGUGUAAAGGAUGAAAAGUCCGUGGCCGCUGAAAGCGUAAAAGACGAAAAAUCACCAGCUCCUUCUCUGGCGGCAUCACGCAGAGAGUCUGUGGCAGAAAGUAUCAAGGACGAAAAGUCGUCAGCUGCAUCCAAGCCUGAGUCAGCCGCCGAAAGUGUGAAAGACGAAAGAUCCGCAGCUCCUUCUCAAGAACCUUCACGACCAGAGUCCGUAGCGGAAAGUGUAAAGGAUGAGAAGACCAUUGCCGCUGAGAGCAUUAAAGACGAAAAAUCACCAGCUCCUUCUCCGGCAUCAUCACGCAAAGAGUCUGUGGCAGAAAGUGUCAAGGACGAAAAGUCGCCAGUUGCAUCCAAGCCUGAGUCAGCCGCCGAAAGUUUGAAAGACGAAAAAUCCGCAGCUCCUUCUCAGGAACCUUCACGACCAGAGUCCGUUGCAGAAAGUGUAAAGGAUGAAAAGUCCGUGGCCGCUGAGAGCGUAAAAGACGAAAAAUCACCAGCUCCUUCUCUGGCAGCAUCACGCAAAGAGUCUGUGGCAGAAAGUGUCAAGGACGAAAAGUCGCCAGUUGCAUCCAAGCCUGAGUCAGCCGCCGAAAGUGUGAAAGACGAAAAGUCGCCAGGUACAUCCAAGCCUGAGUCAGCCGACGAAAGUGUCAAAGACGAAAGAUCCGCAGCUCCUUCUCAGGAAACUUCGCGACCAGAGUCCGUAGCAGAAAGUAUAAAGGAUGAGAAGACCGUUGCCGCUGAGAGCAUAAAAGACGAAAAAUCACCAGCUCCUUCUCCGGCAUCAUCACGCAAAGAGUCUGUGGCAGAAAGUGUCAAGGACGAAAAGUCGUCAGCUGCAUCCAAGCCUGAGUCAGCCGCCGAAAGUGUGAGAGACGAAAAAUCCGCAGCUCCUUCUCAGGAAGCUUCACGACCAGAGUCCGUUGCAGAAAGUGUAAAGGAUGAAAAGUCCGUGGCCGCUGAGAGCGUAAAAGACGAAAAAUCACCAGCUCCUUCUCUGGCGGCAUCACGCAAAGAGUCUGUGGCAGAAAGUGUCAAGGACGAAAAGUCGCCAGUUGCAUCCAAGCCUGAGUCAGCCGCCGAAAGUGUGAAAGACGAAAAAUCCGCAGCUCCUUCUCAGGAACCUUCACGACCAGAGUCCGUGGCUGAAAGUGUAAAGGAUGAGAAGACGGUUGCCGCUGAGAGCAUUAAAGACGAAAAAUCACCAGCUCCUUCUCCGGCAUCAUCACGGAAAGAGUCUGUGGCAGAAAGUGUCAAGGACGAAAAGUCGGCAGUUGCAUCCAAGCCUGAAUCAGUUGCUCCUUCUCAGGAGACUUCACGACCAGAGUCCGUGGCUGAAAGUGUAAAGGAUGAAAAGUCCGUGGCCGCUGAGAGCGCGAAAGACGAAAAAUCACCAGCUCCUUCUCUGGCGGCAUCACGGAAAGAGUCUGUGGCAGAAAGUGUCAAGGACGAAAAGUCGCCAGUUGCAUCCAAGCCUGAGUCAACCGCCCAAAGUGUGAAAGAUGAGAAAUCCGCAGCUCCUUUUCAGGAACCUUCACGACCAGAGGCCGUGGCUGAAAGUAUUAAGGAUGAGAUGUCACUAGUUGCACCUAAGCCAACAUCAUCUGAAGAAAGUGUGAAAGUCGAAAAAUCUCCAACUCUUUCCCAGGGCGAUUCACAUAAAGAGUCUUUAGCUGAGAGUAUUAAAGACGCAAAGUCUGCAGCUGCAUCCAAACCAGAAUCAGUUUCAGAGGGUGUUAAGGGCGAAAAAGCUGCGGAGGGGUCCAAAGAAGCGUCGCGUCCAGAAUCUGUUGCCGAAAGUGUCAGUGGAGAAGUAGAAACAAUUUCAACCCCCGUAGAUCGCGCUUCAAUAAAAUUCGAGGAUCUUCAACUUUCGUUAGACCUGGAAAGCACUAAAUUGGACACCGAAUUGCCCACCAAAUCAAGCCCAGUGGACGUAGCCGAUGGAAUAUUCUCUGACACUGCAGCCGAUGCCGGCGAGUCCAGCGACCUACCAAAGGCACCCGCAGAAAGUGCUACUUCAAAGGUUUCCGAAACAAUUUCAAGUCCAGUUGAUGAGGCAAAAGAUUUAAUUGAUAUCAGUCAUAAGGUGGAAGCUGAAGGCCAGAGCCAAGAGAAAACAAAGGAGGGAACAGAUGUAACUGCAGAGGUAAGGGUUACUAAAACAGAAGAAGUCACAAAGGAAGCGAAAAAAUCUGAAGAAUCGACUGCUCUAAAAGAAGUGGCGACUGAAAUAAGUGUAAAGAACGUUGAAGAAUUAAGCGAAAAAGUGGAAGUAAAAGCAAAAGCUGCGAUCUCAGAGGCCUUUAAGACCGCAGAGGUUGUUGAAGAGAUAUUAACGGAAAGGGUUGAAACGAUUACAGAAGAAACCCUGAAAGCUAUCGACGCCGAGAAGUGUGCAAUAGAAGUCAAGGCAACAGAAGUCACAGACGUUUCUCUUAAGGAAAUUGCAGGAAUUGAAGGAUCAGUUGAAGAUAAGACCAAGGCUGUGGUCAUGCAAACCGCCAAAUCAACAUCCGAAGUAACAGAAAUCGUUACAACCAAAACGGAGAUAGCUGUGGAGGAGUCCAAGAAGAUGAUAGAAGAGAUUACAACCAAAGCCGAAGACAAAGCUAAGAACGUCGCCGCAAAGGUGGAAGAAACUGCAGCGAAAACAGCAGAACAAUUCAACGAGACAACAAAGGCCGCUGGUGAAAUAUGUGAGACUAUGGUGGAAGAAAUUACCGAGGAAUUGGCGAAAGUAUCUAAAACUUUAGAAGAGAAGAAGGAGAUGGUAACUGAAGAAGUCAGCAAGAAGGCAGAAGAAGUAACAACGAUCGCUGAGGAUAAGCUAAAAAGUUUAACCGAAGAAGUCGUCCAGACAACUGAGAUUGUGACCAAAGAGGUCGAAGGGUCUAAACAAACGAUCGAUAAGAAAGUAGAGGAUCUUAAAAAGGAAGCCGAUGACAAGUUAAAAGAAGUUACCGAAAGUGUAGACAAUCUUAUUGUGUUUUCAAAAGAAACUACAGCUGAAGUCACCAAAGCAGCCAGCGCUACCGUUGAUACCGUUAAAACCGAUAUCUCCACUGGCAUUAGUGGCAUCCUCGAAGACGUAAAGAGCAGUAUUUUCGCUUCAGCCGAGAAAAAAGUGGAGCAACUCAAGGAAGUGACAGAAGAAAUCAUUAAGACAGAGCACAUCGAACUGGAAUCUCUGCCUUCGGUUACAAAACCUCAACUAGAUUUGAGCACAUUCUCAACAGAAUUGAGAGAGACACAUAUCACUACUGUAGAAUCACCCGAGUUCAAGGUAACCUUAACUGAACGCGAAGAAACAAUACUGCAUGAUAUUAAGGAAGAGGAUGAGGAGCACAGAAUAUCACCGCCCACAACUAAACCGGCGAUAGGCGCUCAGCAACCCAUACGUCCCGUCUCACCACGAGAAGAAGAAGUAUUUAAAAUAGUCGCGGAUGUCGCCAAAGUUUUGAAAUCUGAGAAGGAUAUAACCGAGAUUAUACCUGAUUUCGAUGAAGAAAAGCUUGUGCAACGUCUGAAAACUCCCGAAGAGCAAGAGACCGAAAAUGUGACAGUUCAAAGAAUGCUGGUGACGGCAAGUAGCGAAGAUGGUGGCGAAGAAAUCGAUAUUUGUCCCAAGGGUAGCAUUGUUUUCACACCAACCAUGGCACCAGAGACAAUACCAGAAAAAAUAUCCCCAAUCAAACCUCUGGACAUAGACUACAAACAGUUCCACGAUGAUCCCGCCGCCGAUGAAUCAGAGAAGUCUUCUCCCGAAUUGCGUUCAGGACCAAUCUCCAUUGAAGAGAAGGACAAAAUUGAAGAGUCUGAAAAAAUGUUGCGUAAAGGUGCUGAAACCCAAGAGAGUCCUGAAACGACUGUACGAGAAAGUGACUCCGCUUCCAGCCUACACAGCGAGAAAGAAAUCUCAGAAACAUCUAAACUUACAUCAUUUACAGAUUGCACAAAGGACGAAAAAUCAUCAGCACCAUACGUGGAAGUAUCACGUCCUGCAUCAGUUGCAAGCUCGAGGGAUGAGACAUUCGAAGAAUCUGUUGAAUCGCGACGUGAAUCUGUAGUGUCGACCACUGAAAGCAAGAAAGAUGAAAAAUCCACGGUUCCAUCCAAGGAAGCCUCCCGUCCUGAAUCAGUUACUAGCUCUAAGGAGGAGAAGGCUGAAGAUAAUAUUCUCUCCCCUACUGAAACCAAAAAAGAUGACAAAACUUCAGCCCCAUCUAAAGAAGCCUCUAGAUCUGAGUCAGUGGCCAGCACGAAAGAGGAGAAAGCCGAAGUAUAUGUUGAAUCGCGACGCGAGUCUGUUUUGUCUACUGCCGAGAGCAAGAAAGAGGACGAUAUCGAGUCUCGGCGCGAGUCCGUUCUUUCCACAGCAGAAAGCAAGAAAGACGACAAAUCUUCAGCUCCAUCUAAAGAAACCUCACGACCUGAGUCAGUGGCCAGCACAAAGGAAGAGAAAGCCGAAGAAUCUGUUGAAUCGCGGCGCGAGUCUGUUUUGUCUACUGCUGAGAACAAGAAAGAGGACGAUAUCGAAUCACGGCGCGGGUCCGUUCUCUCCACUGCUGAAAGCAAGAAAGACGACAAAUCUUCAGCUCCAUCUAAAGAAGCCUCACGACCUGAGUCAGUGGCUAGCACGAAGGAAGAGAAAGCCGAAGAAUCUGUUGAAUCGCGGCGCGAGUCUGUUUUGUCAACUGCCGAGAGCAAGAAAGAAGAAAUUACCGAGUCGCGACGCGAGUCCGUUCUCUCCACUGCUGAAAGCAAGAAAGACGACAAAUCUUCAGCUCCAUCAAAAGAAGCCUCACGACCUGAGUCAGUGGCCAGCACGAAGGAAGAGAAAGCCGAAGGAUCUGUUGAAUCGCGACGUGAGUCUGUUGUGUCAACAGCCGAGAGCAAGAAAGAGGACGAUAUCGAGACACGUCGCGAGUCCGUUCCUUCCACAGCUGAAAGCAAGAAAGACGAAAAAUCUUCAGCUCCAUCUAAAGAAGCCUCACGACCUGAGUCAGUUGCCAGCACGAAGGAAGAGAAAGCCGAAGAAUCUGUUGAAUCUCGGCGCGAGUCUGUUUUGUCUACUGCCGAGAGCAAGAAAGAGGACGAUAUCGAGUCAUGGCGCGAGUCCGUUCUUUCCACUGCUAAAAGCAAGAAAGACGACAAAUCUUCAGCUCCAUCUAAAGAAGCCUCACGACCUGAGUCAGUGGCCAGCACAAAGGAAGAGAAAGCCGAAGAAUCUGUUGAAUCUCGGCGCGAGUCUGUUUUGUCUACUGCUGAGAGCAAGAAAGAGGACGAUAUCGAAUCACGGCGCGAGUCCGUUCUCUCCACUGCUGAAAGCAAGAAAGACGACAAAUCUUCAGCUCCAUCUAAAGAAGCCUCACGACCUGAGUCAGUGGCUAGCACGAAGGAAGAGAAAGCCGAAGAAUCUGUUGAAUCGCGGCGCGAGUCUGUUUUGUCAACUGCCGAGAGCAAGAAAGAAGAAAUUACCGAGUCACGACGCGAGUCCGUUCUCUCCACUGCUGAAAGCAAGAAAGACGACAAAUCUUCAGCUCCAUCUAAAGAAGCCUCACGACCUGAGUCAGUGGCCAGCACGAAGGAAGAGAAAGCCGAAGAAUCUGUUGAAUCGCGGCGCGAGUCUGUUUUGUCAACUGCCGAGAGCAAGAAAGAAGAAAUUACCGAGUCGCGACGCGAGUCCGUUCUCUCCACUGCUGAAAGCAAGAAAGACGACAAAUCUUCAGCUCCAUCUAAAGAAGCCUCACGACCUGAGUCAGUGGCCAGCACGAAGGAAGAGAAAGCCGAAGGAUCUGUUGAAUCGCGACGUGAGUCUGUUGUGUCAACAGCGGAGAGCAAGAAAGAUGAAAAAUUUUCUGAUACUUCAAAAGAACCCUCACGUGCUGGAUCUGUUGCUAGCUCCAAGGCAGAACAUAUUGAAAAAACUGCAGAAUCUCGGCUUGAAGCGAUGUUUUCGACUGCUGAGUCUCUAUCAGAAGCGAAAGCUGAAUCUGUAAAGUCAUCGCAAUCUAUUUUCUCUUCCACAGAAAUGUCAUCAAUUGUGAGUAAAUCGUUAGACUCUUCCAUUAGAACACAUCUGCGAGAAGAAUCUCACAGUGAAUCCUUUAGUAGUAUUAAAGUAGAAGAUGGUUCCCCACGGGAGUCGAUUUCCAGUUUCGUUGAGGAGAAAAGCGCCGACCAAAUCGCCGCAGGCAGAAAGUCCGAAGAAACCUUUGUGAAGACUGUAAAAUCGCAAAUCACAUCCUCUCAAGCCGAGGAGUCUAUGACACACUCGGAAGAGUGCUCAUCAGAGUCUAUGGUUAGUGAGAUACAUACCACCGAUGUUACCACACAAAAGUUAGACUCGCGUAGUACCACAUCAACUGCCAAGGAAAGUAAAGCUUCAAGUUUAGAUAGUAAAGAAAGUCUUAAAGACACAGUAGCUGAGUUCUUGGCUACAGAGAAAAUUAUUUCGACAAAAGAUAGUCUCGUCAGUGAUACUAAAACUGCUAAAUCUGAAGGCGCGACCUCAGAGAAGACCGUAACCACCACAACAACACAAUCAACUACCGCAUCGCGUAGAGCAUCUGAUUUAUUGGCCAGCAUGAAAGACAGCUCCAGACGAGAAUCGGAGUUUAGUCAAACAAGCGAGGGACGACAUACGCACAGCGAUCAUGAAGAUGAUUCUGAGGACGAUGGUGUGAUUAAUGUGAAAGAAGGACGCUCAAAGUCCAUAGCCACAAUUAUGAUGACCAGCAUUUAUAAGCCUUCCGAGGAAGUCGACACAUUCGAUAAAGUCGAAGAGGAGAGUGAAGAGCUCGCUGAGGCUAUCGAAGAGAGCACAUCGACCGUCACGAAAACCACUCAUGCCACCCUCAAAUCAAGCAAAGAAAUGAGCACCCAAAGCGCCGAAAUCAAAUCGAAGACGUCCACACAGCUGGAGACCAUAAUACUAACACAGCCACUAGAGAGCGAUCCAAAAACACCACCCACGGCUCCUGUUAGCCCUGGUAUAAGACAACUCCCGACCGGUACAAGCACAGUAACUACCACAACAACCACGUUGAGCGAGACAUGCGGCAGUGGCGCAGGCUCAGUAAGCGGUCCACUAUCGCCACGAGAUAUUAGCGGUAAGUCGAGUCCAGGUGCACUAACCUCUGAAACAGAAAGUCAAUCCUUACCAACACCCAAAGGUCGUGGUUCACUUUCAGAUUCGUCCGAAGCAUCGCCGAAACCAACUUCACCCUUUCCACGCGUUACCACAGAAGACUUGAAGUCAGCCACCGCAACUGUCACUGAAGCCGCCGCCAGUGCCAUCGCCCAAGCACAAGAGUUCACCGACGAUUUACAAAUGCUUCCUGACCUACACGAGCUGCGUGGUAUUGAGAAGACAACCGCGCUUAGUGGUAGUACGGAGAAAAUCAUUACAACAACUAUAACCACAGUGACCAAAGUAAUCUCCAGCGAUGGCAAGGAAAUCGUUAUGGAGGAGAAAACCGUCACUACGACGGACACCACUGAACCAGAUGGUGAAAAGGUAACUGUGACCACAACACGUACAACCAGUGAGAGCGACAAGAGUGAACAUAUGUUGCCUAAAGAGGUUGCGUUGCUACGCGGCGCCUAUCGUUCUUCCACACCCGGCAGCGAUGACGAACGCAUGACAGGUGCCUACUUAAGCGAUGAUGAACUACCUGCUUCACCACGUAGCAUUGCGUCGUCACAUGGCGCCAGCUAUGAAUUGCAACGUUCCAGCUCGGGCGUAAGUAAACGAUCUGACUUCGAUGUGGACGAUAGCCAAGAUGAUAUUCCGCCACAAUAUGGCAGCGAAGAACACUCUGCCGCACGCGCAAUCACACUGCAGAAGAUUCCUGAUCCAAUGAGCACUUCCUUCUAUGGCGCACUGCCCGAUAGCUUCGAUACAAAACCAACCGCUCCCAUACCCAUUUGCGGCACAACAACGCGUACCAUUACCACACGCACCUAUGUAGCCGAUUCGCCUGCCAGCCAAUCAACAGAAAGCGUAGAAAGUACUAGUCAAACCUCAGCCAGCCGUCAAGUGAUUAGCGGUGGCAUACACGGCAGCGUAGAUAGUGGCGAUCAUAAGUUCCUCGAAGAGGCCGAUAUGGAUUUUGAGAAGGCGCUCGAGGAGCAUGUGCAAGUGCGCGGCGCUGAUGUGAUGUCAUCGGUAACAGCGAAAUACUCGUACUCACCCUCCAAAGCGGAGGAGGUGGAGCAGAGUGUCGCCAGCGUUGAAAAGCCCAAAUUCCCGUUAGUCGAUGUGCAAAAGACACGCUUCACCGAGGGCACAACCGUUGCUAGCAGUAGUGCCAGUGCCAGCGCCAGCAGCAUCACCAGCACCAAAGUCGAGAGCGCCAGCGAGUGUUUAGAUGGCAAGACAACAACGAUUAUCACAACAACAACAACCACGAGUAGCAUCGAUAGCGCGAGCGGAGAGCCAGCUACAAUUGGCGCCACCGCAGCAAGCGAAACCACCAAAACAACAACCACAACGUCGUCCAGCGCCACAGGAGCACUGCCUAAAGAUCCAUUAAAAGAAUGGGGUAAGCCCUUGGGACUGCCAUCACCCGCCCCACUACCCAUUGAGAGUGAUAUACGUACGACCCCAAAGCGUGAGCGUCGCUUAGUCGCUACAAAGACACGUUUAAACAACGAAAAGAAUUUACGUAAACGUUCGGAGUCACCAAACAAGGCCAAGAAGCCAUCACCCGUAUACGUGGAUCUCACUUAUGUACCACACAAUGGCAAUUCCUACUAUUCCCAUGUUGAGUUCUUCAAGCGUGUGCGUGCGCGUUACUAUGUCUUCUCCGGCACCGAGCCCAGUCGGCAGGUGUACGACGCAUUACUCGAGGCCAAGCAGACGUGGGAGGACAAAGAGUUGGAGGUCACCAUCAUACCCACUUACGAUACCGACGUGCUCGGCUAUUGGGUUGCCGAGAAUGAGGAGCUUUUAGCCAAAUACCGUAUCGACUUAUCGCCUUCAGCAUCGCGUUGCACAAUUAACUUGCAAGAUCACGAGACAUCUUGCGCCGCCUAUCGUUUGGAAUUCUAGGCCACGGGGAUGUUCAUCUCAUUCGCCGAUGCCGAAAAUCUCAUACAACUCUACAACUAAUAAAGAAUAAAGCUUAACUCUACUACUAACAAAAACUACAACUAAAUUCUGAACUAAUAAGAUACCAAAAAUAAAGUAAACUAAACAAACCUUUAAUGUAAAAUGGCAAAUGAAGCUUUUGACCAAAAAACAUCAAUCGUGAAGCUUUUAUGAAAAUCACCAAAUGAAAGCUCCUGCGGCUGAAAUCCGUUGCCAGGUGAAUUUGCAAAGUGUUAAGCUUUCACCAACAGCUACAAAGCGUACUUCAGCUAGUGAGAGCUUUCACGCUUUUAAAGUCCACAACUCAGCGCUUCAAACAACGGGCGUGCUUCACUACAUACGUGUACGUCAACUUGACAUACCUGAUUAAGAGCAUAAAGCAAAACAAAAAUUGUAAGCAAAUAUAUCUACCAGUAUAAGAGAAACCAGAAUAGAGUGAAAGCUCUGAAAAGGCUUUACGUUUAUAUAAGCAUGCAGCUUUUUUUGCAGUGACUAUACUCUUAAAAAGAUAGAGAGAGAGAGAGAGAGAAAAAGUCGGCAGUAAGACAUAAGGAGCAUGAGAAUGGCGGAGUUUUGGUGAACUACACGAGAUUUUUACAAACAGAAAAAAUUGAGUGUAGCGCCAUUUUGUUUAUUGUAGCCGCUCAUUUCUAUGCCAAAUGUCUGAAGGAUAUAAAAUAAAUGAAAAAAUGAGAGAAAAGUUUGAAAACUUGAAAAAAAUGUCAUGCACUUGCAAAUAAUUUCGCUUCAAAUAUGAAAAAAAAAAUUAAGUAAUUAAAUGAAUAUUUGUUGAAAAAAUUUAAUUACAAAAAAUUGUGAAGCAUAAAAUAAAAAACAAAACGGGAGAUAUUUAUUAAAAAAAUUAUACAAAGGAAGCAAAAAAAAAACCAACAAAAAAAAAUAUUUAAAAAACGAAAUGUAACUAUUGUAUUGAGCUGAAAAAAGGAGUGAUAUAUAAAAAAAAA